AUGGGUAAUGAUCUCCGGUUAACCGACGCAAAGAAGAACUAUUUGAAUGAAUGUUUAGAUAUAGAAGUUUAUCAGGCAAUAUUACAAUCAUUAACUUACUGCUCCAUGAUUGUAUCACAUAAUGAUUACCAUGCAAAAGACGAUGAUGAUUAUGAACCUAAAGACAAGUCUAUAUUUAUAAAUACAACAUAUGGUACACGUAAAAAAUAG